AUGGAGACUGAAAGCGAAAAGACACCGUCUCCCACGAUUAACGCCCCAGCUCCCCGCGAGGAAGACGCUUCCCCAGUUGCCAAGGCACAGCACCAGCGAAUCCAAUUUCCUCCCCUUGAUCCAUGGUUCCAAGUUUAUACUAUCAGCGCAAUCUGUCACUGUACUGUGGGGAUGUACAACGCCAUGACUGUUUUGGGGGGUCCAGGCAUGGUAAAUCAUACUGUUGCAACAAGGGCAGCAAUUGCUAUCUUUGCCACCAUGGCAGCAUCCUCGCUUUCUGUGGCAGGCCCUAUGUUCGACCGACUUGGACCGCGAUUGUGCGUGCUGCUCGGAGGAUGGACGUAUCCACUGCACGUGGGAAGUCUUUUCUACUGCAAUUCCACAGGAAAUGCUACACUCGUGGUUACCUCUGGUGCUAUCUUGGGCGUCGGUGCAUCGCUUGUCUGGGCAGCCCAAGGUGCUAUCGUAACUACUUACGUACCCGAAGCUCAAAGGGGACUAGCUAUCGCCAUGUUCUUGUUUGUUCUAAAUAUUGGGGGUAGCAUCGCUUCGCUCUGGGAUUUCUUGUCCAAUUCUUACUCCACGGACACGGCGUCGCACUCCGCGGGCACGGUAUCGGACAAUGCACAUUUCUGGUUUUUGGCUGUGAUGUGCAUGGGGUGGAUGUCAGGUAUAUGGAUCUGUCCGCCAUCUUCGGUGGUGAGAGCAGGUCAUUUACAACAAGAGGCCCGGGAAAAUCGGAAUUGGCGCCAGAUGCUCCAGAGUACCUCUCAGAUCAUGUCAAGUUGGCAGGUAUUAGGCAUGAUCCCGCUCUUUUUUUGCGCAAAUAUGUUCUACGAAUAUCAAAAGAAUGUUGUGAGCCACUGGACCUUCAACAUUCGUACACGUUUACUUUUCGGGGCACUCUAUUGGACAGCACAGAUGGUCGGGGGAAUCAUCAUAGCAGUCGUCCUCGACUUUCCUGGAGUCAAUCGCCGGGCGCGAGCUCGAGUUGCAUGGUUGUUGCUCUUCGUGUCAGGGAUUAUCAUCUGGGGCGGAGGACAUGCUUUCCAGAAGUGGUCAGGCCGGCAUUUGCUACACGAACUGAAGCACUAUGUUGACUUCAAAGGAGAUCGCACGUACAUGAGCCCGGUGUUUCUCUGCAUCCUCUAUGGCAUGUAUGAUUCUUUUUGGCAAUCCUUUUGCUAUUGGCUGAUGGGAGCCCAAUCGAACAAUCCUACAGUCACAGCCAUUCUGGUUGGGGCGUACAAAACGUUCCAGAGUGUUGGUGGCGCAGUGGCGUGGUGUCUCAAUGCCAAUAAAAUGCCGGAGCCGCUUGCCAUGCAUUGGGGUCUUUGUACGGCAGCCCUUAUCAUCGCGAUCCCUUCCGUACUGGCUGUUACUCUUACCAGUGUGAAGAGCAAUGGGAAUGCUAGAGCGGGGCUUGCUGAUGUUGAACAGCGUGCAGAGGUCAACGAGAAGUAAGGGAGUCGCGAUCAGUUGGUCUACUGUCACAUGUUUAUUCUGUAUAAGCAGACUAUAUUAGACUCGCUGGCUGACCACUGUUACUAGAGAACAGGGGGUGCUUCACAUGUUAUUAAGGCACGGGUCAGAAUCAGGUUCAUAUAUAUAGAAGUAAAUAUUACUGCAAUCGUAUCAAUUCAAUAAUCUAUAUGUCC